AGCUAGAUACAACUCCGGCUGAUAGCAAGGAGGAGGCAGGAGCAGUUGAGUUUAAGCUGCAAGGAUUCAGCAAUGGCAGCUCUAGCAGCACGAGCACUACUCUUCUGCGCCGCCGUGUCGGCGGUCGCCUCCGCGGCGUACGGCGAGGCGGCGGCGGCGGCUGUCGUCGUCGGCCAGGCCAAAUGCGGCGACUGCACCAGGAAGAACAUGCAAGCUGAGGAUGCUUUCAAGGGUCUCCAGGUCGCGAUCAAGUGCAAGAAUGGCGACGGCGAGUACGAGAGCAAGGCCGUCGGCGACCUCGACGGCGACGGCGCCUUCAGCGUGCCCCUCGCCGCCGACGACCUCCACGGCGCCGACUGCUUCGCGCAGCUCCACAGCGCGGCGAGCAGCACGGCGUGCCCCGGGCAGGAGCCGUCCAAGAUCGUGCCGGUGACAACGGACAACGGCGGUAGGGCGGCCAACACCUUCGUCGCCGUCGCCGGCGAGAUGCGGUACUCGACGUACUCGUCGGCGGCGGAGUGCACCUCGGUGUCCCUGUGCGACGACUUCUUCCGCAAGCACCCCUUCUUCGACUAUUUCCACAAGAAGCCUGAACCCAAGCCGGAGCCCAAGCCGGAGCCAUCGCCGGCGAACAACGGUGGUGGCGCUGGCGCAGGGAACGGCGGUGGAGCUGCGCCGCCGUCUCCCGCCUCUCCGGUCUACCACUGAAUCAUCAAGUCCCUUCCAAUAAAUCUGCACUUGCUUUCAUGAUUAGUUCUUGCGUGAUGUCCAAAUGCCGCAGUUUGUUCCUGCAGAAUAAAUGUUGUGACUUGUGAGAUUUGCUUCUUGGAAUCGGAGCAAAAGCAUUGGCUUACAGAGUUACAGGAGAAUGUGGCGUGUCUAUUUAUUUGCAUGUGUAAUAUGGUCAGUAUGUAUCACCGCGGUCACUGUUGUUAUUCCUUUCUUUACCUUAACGUAAUUAUAUAUUUAUGAAAAUGGAAUUUAAUAUAUAAGUUGAACUUUUUCCAAUUUUAUACG